GGAAAGAAAAGGAGAAGUACGAGAAAGCAAUAAAUGGAAAACGAGCUCGGAGCCACUUCCCAUGGCGGCGCUGUAGACCCCUUUCAGAUAUAGUAAUUAAGCAGCUCCUAGAUAUAUACAUCUACUUAAUUGUUUCCUAAUUAAUCUACUGUUAUCGAUCGAUCCCUACAUAUACAUACAUGUAAAAGAGAGAGAGAGAGAGAGAGAGAGAGAGCAUAGGAUAUAUAGUACACUAGUCGCAUUAGGUAGGGGCUACACCAGCUGGUUUGUUGUAAUUGGGUAUGGAUUUGGGGAACCAUGGCGGGGUUCUCUCUAGGAGGAGGAAGAACCGGACAUAAUCAGAAUAGAGAUCACAACCAACAACAACAACAACAACAACAACAACAACAACAUCAACAACAACAUCCCAUCAAUAUUAAUCCGACGGCCGACAGCCUCUUCCUUUACGGCUAUAGUAGUAGCAGCGUCGGCGGCGGCGGCGGCGGCGGCAGCGGUUUUCAGCUAUGGCAUCAGGAAGGAGAUUUCUACUCCUCGAGGGGUGGCACUGGCACCGGCAGCGGCAGUGGUGGCGGUGGCGGGGGCGCGGCGCGGAUCAUCAGUUUCUCGGAUGAUCACGCGGCGGAAGGAGUCGGAAUUAUGAGGGGCGGCAGCGGGGGCAGCAGCGGCGGCGGUGGUAUGAGCUGCAGGGAUUGCGGUAAUCAGGCGAAGAAGGACUGUGUCCACCUCCGCUGCCGCACCUGCUGCAAGAGCCGCGGCUUCCACUGCCCGACCCACGUGAAGAGCACGUGGGUCCCCGCUGCCAGGCGCCGCGAGCGCCAGCACAACCAGCAGCAGCAGCAGCAGCAGCAAUUCGCUGGCGGUGGCAGUGGCCGCGGGGAGCCGUCGAAGAGGGCGAGAGAAGUUGGCGGCCCCCGCGAAGAAGUCGCGAGGUUUCCUGCAGAGGUGAGCUCGGAGGCGGUGUUCCGGUGCGUGCGAGUAGGGCCGGUGGAGGACGAAGGCAGAGCCGUCGACGAAGAAUACGCGUACAGCACUGCCGUGAGCAUCGGCGGCCACGUCUUCAAGGGAAUUCUCCACCACUACGGGCCCGAUCCGAAUUCCUCGACGUCCUCCGACUACCACCUCCUUCGCGAAGGAUCGCCGCCUACUAGUGCCGUGGGUGGCGACGCGUCGGGAGCGGCGGUGAUGAUCGACCCGUAUCCGACGCCGCUCAGCGGAUUCCUUUCCGGCGCUCAGUACUACCCUCACCACACAACAUCACAAUAAAUAAAUAAAGUAAACAGAUUUUAGUUAGAAGGCUUUUGAGUUGCACUAAGACAAGAUAAAUCUUGGAGAAACGAUUCUUAUGCAACACAUUGUUAUCUCCAUGCAAACAAAUAUUAUGAGGUGUGAACUUCUUAUUUGACAUUCAUUAGGGUUGUGAAACUGCAAAUGUGGUUUGUG